AUGGGCGCGCUGGUCGGGGCCGGCUUCUUGCUGCUUCUGGUCGUCGGCGUCUCUCGAAGCCGGGGACUCAAGUGUGGAAUUCAUGCAGCUGAUCUGAAAAGGAAGGAACCAGCUGUGGAAUCUGGGGUCUUCUCUAGAAUUAGUCACUGGAGAAAUUCAGCAGUGGGCGGCCAUCCCUGGCAGGUCUCCCUGAAGCUAGGGGGGUACCACUUCUGUGGAGGAAGCUUGAUCCAGGACGAUCAGGUCGUGACAGCAGCACACUGUCUGGUUAGCCUCAAUGCGAAGCAACUUAAGACUUUAACUGUGACUUCUGGAGAGUACAACCUCUUUCAAAAGGACAAGCAAGAACAGAACAUUCCUGUCUCAAAAAUUAUCAUCCAUCCUGAAUACAACAGCCUUGCAUUUAUGAGUUCUGAUAUUGCACUGCUGCAUCUAACUCACAAAGUGAAAUUUGGAAAUGCUGCUCAGCCCAUCUGUCUUCCCAACAGAGAUCAUAACCUUGAAGCAGGGAUUCUUUGCAUGGCCAGUGGAUGGGGUAAGAUUUCAAAGACAUCAGAAUGUUCAAAUGUCCUACAAGAAGUGGAACUUACCAUCAUGGAUGACAGAACGUGUAACACAGUGCUCAGGAGAAUGAACCUCCCUGCUCUGGAAAGGACCAUGAUAUGUGCUGGUUUUCCUGGUGGGGGAAUGGAUGCCUGCCGGCGGGACUCUGGAGGUCCACUGGUGUGUAGAAGAGAUGGUGGAAUCUGGACUCUUGCUGGGAUAACUUCCUGGGUAGCUGGUUGUGCUGAUGCUUCAGCUCCUGUGAGAAAUCACCACAGGAAGGAAUCCCUCGGCAUUUUCUCCAAGGUGCUUGAGUUGAUGGAUUUUAUCACUCAAAACAUGAUCACAGAUUAUAAACCUCAGGGGACAGUGUUAUUUGGGGAAAGUGCAAAGAUUAUUUACCCCUAUUCCGAAGAAGACAACUAUUCUCAUAAUUGGUCAUGUAUCUGGAAAAUAAUAAUACCAGAAAAUAAAAUUGUCUUGAUAAAAUGUACGAGUUUAGACAUAGAAAAUCAAGUUGGAUCUUUACAAUCAAGUAAUGGGGUGCUGAUUAGUAAGGUCUGUGAAGAUACAGAGACUAGGGAGGCCACAGUUACGUUUGUUUCUGAUACAGAGAACAGUGGCAACAGAUUUAACCUUACCUUUACUGCUGCACGGAACUCAGAAGCAGGUUGUUGGAGUGUGGCCGUGUUGGUAGAAGGGACAAUUCACUCUGCUGAUUAUCCUGACUUGUAUCCCAGCAAUGUGCAGUGUCAGCAGCUCAUUCAUGCUCCAGACAAACGCCCGGUAGAGUUGACGUUUGAGGCCUUUACAGUUGAAUUUAACCCAAACCGUAUUUAUGAUGCUGUUGUGAUUUAUGGUGAUUCCAAAGAAGAGCACAAGUUGGGUAAACUUUGUAGACUCUUGAACACUCUGAUAUUCAGUCCUAUUAUGGUGGUACAUUUUAAAAAUGAAGGUGAAAAUGAUUUCUGAGUCUUUAAGGCUGGAUUCAACUUUUUGCCUAUAGACAGCUCAAAUAAAAAUGAACCAAGGUCACCUCCCCAAACCAUUCCUGUGUCUGCUACAAAACCUAUUCCAUAUGGCAUCUGUGGCAUCCCUCCAUUUAGUCCUCAGUGGCUUUCCAGGAGAAUUGCAGGAGGGGAAGAGGCCUGCCCCCACUGUUGGCCAUGGCAGGUGGGUCUAAGGUUUCUAGAUGAUCACCAAUGUGGAGGUGCCAUCAUCAGCCCAUCAUGGGUUCUGACUGCAGCUCACUGUGUGCAAUCGAAAAAUAAUCCCUUCUCAUGGACUAUUAUUGCUGGGGACCAUGACAGAACACUGAAGGAAUCAACUGAGCAGGUGAGAAGGGCCAAACGCAUAAUUGUGCAUGAAGACUUUAAUAUAGUAAGCUAUGACUCCGACAUCGCCCUGGUACAACUGAGUUCUCCUCUGGAGUAUAAUUCAGUGGUGAGGCCAGUGUGUCUCCCACAUGGCCCAGAGCCUCUGUUUUCCUUGGAGAUCUGUGCUGUGACUGGAUGGGGAAGCAUCAGUAAAGAUGGUGACCUAGCAAGUCGUUUACAGCAGAUUCAAGUGUCUGUGUUCGAGCGAGAAGUCUGUGAACACAUUUACUAUUCUGCUCACGCAGCAGGGAUCACAGAAAACAUGAUCUGUGCUGGCUCUGCAGCAUCUGCAGGGAAAGAUUUCUGCCAGGGAGACUCUGGAGGUCCAUUAGUGUGUAGACACGAAAAUGGUCCCUUUACUGUCUACGGCAUCGUCAGCUGGGGAGCUGGCUGUGUCCAGCCAUGGAAGCCAGGAAUAUUUGCCAGGGUGACCGUCUUCUUGGACUGGAUCCACUCCAAAAUCAAAGGUCCUAUUUCACCUCAGACUAGUAAUAAAAGCAAAACUUUAGAACAACAAUUGCCACCACUCAUACUUUCAACAGAUAGGACCUCAGGGCCAGAUGAGUCCAAAGGCUUUUUUUCAACUCCAGGCUAUCCGCUAGAUUACAGAGGAAAGCUGGAAUGUUCUUGAGUACUCAGAGUUUCACCAAACAGUAUGGCAACAUUUACUGUUGAGCAUCUGUUGCUCCCUGCUCGUGUGUGUGGAGACUCAGUUCUGACCAUUUAUGAAGAAAGCCACAGUGGGAGAAGGAGGGCAGGUAAAUUAUGUGGGAGAAUGCUUUACCCAGUGAUUUUCAUGAGCUCCGCACCACUGGUAAGAGUGACAUUUCUGACAUUUCAUUCCCUUGUCCAAGGUGCUUUUGGCAUAAACUAUGUUGUCUUCUAAGUCUGAGGUAUGUAAAAUAAAAAGGACAGUAAAAUAACCAGACCUUCCUCAAAUUCAAACCAAGAACAUAUGGUCGCUUUUGUGGACUUUCUUCCACAAGCCAGUAAGAGUCAUAGAGAUGCCAAGACAUCCCUUUGGAGCCACGACAUGAAAAAGGAGAAAUGGGAACAAAAACAAUGUAAGAAUAUUCUUGUUGAUAAAUUAUAUUUUCUCAACAAAAGAGACCACUUAUUAGGCAAAUGGGGGUUAGUAGCCCCUUUAAAUCACAUCAUUUACCUUGACGUUACCAACUUCCAGAUGAAGCUGAGAACCUUAGCCUGCCCCUUCCUGAUGUCCAGUAUUGGAUCUGGUUCCAUUGAGAUCACAUCUCCCAGUUAUCCUGACAUUAAUCACAACAUGCUGAAUGGCAUUUGGACUUUUUCUUCUAUUCCAGGAGAUAAAAUGAAGGCAGUGAUUAAUAUUUAUGACAAGAUCAGCAAUCAAUAUUAUUUGAAUAGUGCUCGACAAAAGACAUUUGAUACAAAAAUAAGUGGAAUAAAUGGCCCUGAAUCUGAGAAGAGCUUGAUAACUCAGUCCGGAGAUUACCUCUCCCUUUCCGGAGAAACACAGUCCACUCCAGCCACCGUUAACACCUGUGUUAAGUUUCCACCUCCUUUCGGCCUAGACACGCCCCUUCAUCUUGACCACGCCUCUUGA